GAGGUAACAAAUCUCAAGGAUGCGAAACAGCUUUUGAUUCAGCAGAAAUUAGAGCUUCAAGGGAAAGUAGAUUCCUUGAAGGCAACCCUUGAACAGGAGAAGAGAAACCAGCAAAUGCUAAAAGAGCAGGUGAAAAAGGAAGAAGAUGAGCUGAAGAAAGAAUUUACUGAGAAGGAAGCUAAACUGCAUUCUGAAAUAAAAGAAAAAGAAAUAGGAAUGAAGAAGCAUGAAGAAAAUGAAGCUAAACUUACCAUGCAGAUUACAGCAUUAAAUGAAAACUUAGGCACUGUGAAGAAGGAGUGGCAGUCCAGUCAGCGGAGAGUCAGUGAGCUCGAGAAACAGACGGAUGACUUACGGGGUGAAAUUGCAGUAUUAGAAGCCACAGUUCAGAAUCAUCAGGAUGAAAGGAGAGCACUACUAGAAAGAUGUCUUAAAGGAGAAGGUGAAAUAGAAAAGCUUCAAACCAAAGUCCUAGAAUUGCAGAGAAAGCUGGAUAAUACCACUGCAGCAGUGCAGGAGCUGGGCAGAGAAAAUCAGUCCCUUCAAAUCAAACACACGCAAGCGUUAAAUAGGAAAUGGGCUGAAGACAAUGAAGUACAAAACUGUAUGGCCUGUGGGAAAGGCUUUUCAGUAACAGUGAGACGGCAUCACUGCAGACAGUGUGGAAAUAUCUUCUGUGCUGAGUGUUCAGCCAAAAAUGCCUUAACUCCUUCUUCCAAGAAGCCUGUUCGUGUCUGUGAUGCAUGUUUCAAUGACUUGCAAGGAUAAUGGGUUACCACAACGUUGGAGUAGUAUUACACUAACAUUAGAUUUUUAAUAAAUGCACUUAAUAGAGGUCUUGGACUACUAUUUGAUUUGGACAGUGGUUGCAAUAUUAGACCAACUUAGAAUUCAUAUAUUUUGGAAUGUUAUCAAUAUCAAGUAAAACUCUUCUAUUUUUGUGAGACUUGGGCUCAUCUUUCAUUACUUUUUUCCAUUUAACCCCUGGAACAGCUUUCAUGCCAAGUUUAGAAUUAGCCAAUGAAAUGUAAAUAAACUUUGGACAGAAAAUAGCAAUGUAUUUUUUUAAAUAUUAUUUCAUUGUUCACAAAUGACAUGAAUACACUUCCAUAGCUUACUUCUUUCUCCCAAAUUUAGUAUACAAAAAUGUACAUGGGUGAUAUAUGUUGCACAGUAGCACAUUAAUUAUAUUAAAUGCGCUUCGUGAAGUCAUGCACAGAACUAUAAAACUUUUUUUCCUUAUAUAUAGGUCCAUAGCUCAAUUGCAUUGUUAUGUUACAAAUUUACUGCUCAAGUGUUCUAAAUACAGUUUAUGUUGAAAUGUGUAUUAAUCAUGAAUUUGAACAUGGUUUUUGUUUUAACAAUAUUGAUUAAAUUCUCUUGGGUAGAUUUUAUGAAAACCUCUGUAAAAUCAGUUUGCUCACUUUAUGGUUAUCCUGGGGUUGUAUUUUAAAGAUUAGGGUUAAUUUUUCUUUUUCUUUGUCUUUUUCUAUCUCAUUUUUAAACUCUCACAUAUUCUCAAUUAAGAAUUCUAUAAAACUUCUCACCCUCACCCCCAGAUGGAGGAUGAAUAAUAGAAAUUGUAUAAUGGUUCUAGUCUCAAUUUCUUGCAAGUGGGAAGUUUUCUGAGAUUAGCCUUUAUAUUAUACCCUCAUAUUGUCUCUCCUGCAUCUUUGGGAAUCUGAGUUUGCUUUUUUAAUGGAUCUGUUUUUUCCCUUUUUUUGACUUAACCUGUCCAAGCAUAGCUCAGCUUCACUAUUGUUUUAUUAUUUUGCAUCUUAAAGCCAGUAACUGAUAUCGCUCUAGUCUUAUCUGUGAAAAUAAAUACAAACAGUAAGGAGACAUUAAAUAGUCUACUUUAUAUUUUCUUCUUACCUAAUAGGGAAACAUUUUUGAAAGUUGUGAACUUGACUUAAAUUUAAAAUAGUUGUGAAUUUGGGGUUCCAUAUCAGCUGGUAAAUCUUUUUACUUCGCAAAAAUACUGAUACGAAAUUACUUUGAAGUAACAGCUGGAGAGGAGAAUACCGCCAAAAACAAAUGUAUUUGGGAAUCCCAAAGUUAUUAUCAGAACUGAAAAUGGAAUGGCUAAUUAAGGAUAAUUAAAAGUUAGCUUAUUUGUUUGCUGAACAAUGGAAUUGAACUUUAAUUUAUCAUGGUCUUAUUAAUUUGGCAAAUUGGAAAACAUCUGUAGAGAGGUCAUUAAUAUUGGUUUAUUCUUUCUAGAGAAAAAAAUAUAAGGUUAUCCAUUUGUGCAGUGUAAUCAUUUGGUAAUAGUAGCAGGGAAGGAUGGGACUUAAUAUUUCAUUUGCAAUGGUUUAUCAUACACACUUGCUUUCAGAUAUCAUGCUGAAAUAAAGUUAUGUUUAUGCUUUACCUGUAACAUCUAUGAACUAAAAGAGAUUGUCGUAUAUUCAUUUAAUUAUUUAAAAAAACCCAUUUAAGAAAAAUCCUGUUGUCAGUAGCUAUUAAGGACCCUGAUUGAGUCCCUCGAUUUAGAUAAACAUAUAUCCUUGAGCUUGUAUAAAGAAGAACUACAGUGAUUCUUUAUUAAAAAUAAUAGUUGGAUAAUAUAAAUUGAGCUAAAAUUAUUUAAGCGUUUUCAUAUACUCUUCAAAUACAUUUAAUUCUAUACUUUAACACAUAAGAAACUUAGUGUGAAACUUAGAAACUUUCUACGUUGGAAAAAUAGAUAUUCAUAGCACCAUAUUUUUUUUUUUCUUUUUUAAAGAUCAUAAAACUUCAUGAGGAUUCUAGAUUCGAAUAUUUGUUCACUUCAUUUCCUAAUUGGGUUCCCUGAAGGCCUUUUCCUGUCUUGUCCCCCUACCCACAGAUUCCCCCCAAAUUGUGGGGAGGACAACAAAUAAAAUCAUAUGUGUUUGAGUCAUUUUCUAGUUUUCAUCUAGCUGAUCUCAUUUCAUAGAUCCUGAACAAUUUACCAUAGGCUACUAUACUAAUCAUAUUAGACAUGAAACUUUUUUUUUUUUUUUGCUUAUUAACUCUCACUAAUUUAAGGUGUUUUGGAAACAGAAAGGAUUUUCUUUUUCUUUUAAUUAAAAAGCCAUCUUCUGAGUUCUUACUGUCUCUACAUUUUAGGUGUUUGCUGGUAUUAUUUGUCAGUGAAUUGUAACUGGCAUGUCUGAGCUCUUGGCUCUACUGCAAAGUCUGUUGGCAUCACGUGUUAGUAAAUUCCAAACCCCAGCACAGAAAUGUGAAUUCAAAUCUUGCUGGGUUAGUGUACAGUAAACUAUACCUACAGAUUUUCUUUACUAGGAAGAAGACAAAGCUGCUGGUAAAGGAUUAGCUCAUUUUGAAGAAAAAAGAGGGAAACAAACACAAAGACCUCAAUGCAGUGUACAAAUAACAUUUUGUUCAACUACCUCUUAAUGUGGAAUUAGCUAGUUUAAUAGUUUCCUCACAGUAAUGUUAAAUAGUAACUGCCAAAUUUGUUAGUUUCCCAUCUGUCUUAGAAAGGCUUUAAGAUUAUUUUAUAGUUUUGAGAACUUGGAAGCCACUUUUUUUUUUAACUUUGCAUUUGCAUAAAAAUGUUUAGCUUUUAAGUGGAGAGCAGAUUAUGAUCAUAUAUUUUGAUAUUCAAGACCUGUUUGACUAUAGCAAUUUUUUUUUAAUGCACUUUGGCUAUAAAACCAUGGAUGAUUUGAUCCAUAAGAUUUAAAUGUGCCAUCAAUUUAGUAUUCCUAGACAUGAACUUGAUGAAUGGUAUUCUGUAAUUAUAAUGUGCCACACAUCGUGUCUUAAUCGCCCUUUGCCUGAAUUUUAAUGAUCAAUUUGUUAUUGUUGCAGAUGUGAAUAUUGUGCAUAAACUUACUAAAUUUAUGUAAAAUUGUAUAAAAAAGAAUUGGAAAUAGGUAAGUUCUGUGUAGAAGUAAUGAAUUUAUUGUAACAUGAUGCAGUUAUGUAUAUGACAUUCUGUACUUCUUUGAACUGGAUCAUAUAUUCAUAGUUUCUAUAGAAACUUUUGCAUGAAUAUUUUCUCAUUUAGGUUUUGGAUUCAUUAUUUGUAUUGUGUUUACUACUUGUGAUCAUGUAGUUGUGCCUUAUUUUGUGAGAGAGUUUAGCUCAGUAAAUACUGUAAUUUCUAAACUCAGUGAGUGGAUGGUUAUUGAUUAUAAAUGUAACUGAUAAAUUACACAACAGCAUUUAAAUCUGUAUAAAGAACAAUGGAAGGAUCCUUAUUGAAUUGUUGCUUUUGUUUUUUUUUUUAAUUUGUUAAAGAUGAUAUUAAAAAACCAUUUCUUUCUAGUAGA